AUCACUUUUAGGGUUUCGUCUGCUAACGCCCUUCGUCAACAGCUGCUCCCGCGCAGGACAUUCAUCAACGGUCAGCGAAAAUGACUAAGAGGACCAAGAAGGCUGGAAUAGUUGGGAAAUAUGGUACCCGUUAUGGUGCCAGUUUGCGAAAGCAGAUUAAGAAAAUGGAGGUUAGCCAGCAUAGCAAGUACUUCUGCGAGUUUUGUGGAAAGUACGCGGUGAAGAGAAAAGCAGUGGGGAUCUGGGGCUGCAAAGAUUGCGGCAAAGUCAAAGCAGGCGGUGCUUAUACAUUGAACACUGCUAGUGCUGUGACAGUUAGGAGCACAAUCCGAAGACUGAGGGAGCAAACCGAGAGUUAGAGCAAUCAUCUGCCUUUCCUUCUAUCUGCUUAUGAUUUGUCUAUGGAAUUCUGAAAUCAGAUCCAUUUUUCAAUUUUAAGACCAUUUUAAUGUUUGUGAACGCUUUCAAAUUAGUCAUUAGCUACUGUUUGGGAAAGUGAUCUAUUCUGAUGGUGUUAUUACUUCAAUAUGGUCUUUUGCUUAUCCAAUAUUCGGGCUAAA